AUGGAGGUAGAGGAAAACGCAUCCGACAGGUGUAAAUGGUUCAGAGUCAAUUGGAAAUGGGGCAAAAUUGGAAACACAGAAGUUGGCAUAUUCCUGCGCUUCAACCCAGUGGUAACGCUUAUCUCCGCCGCUAUUAUCUGGGGUUUUGUGAUUUUUUGUUGCGUAAAACCCGAGGUUGCUAGCGAAGAGAUGGCCGUUUGGAUGACUUGGAUAACUGAAGUCUUUACUUGGAUGUACAUCGGUACUCAAGACGUCUGGGCCAUUUUCAUCAUUGUGCUCUACUUUUCGAAGUAUGGAAAGAUGAAACUUGGAAAACCUGACGACAAACCGGAGUUUAAUGAUCUGACGUACUUUACCAUGCUGUUUGCUGCUGGAGUAGCGAUUGGUUUAUUCUACUUCGGAGUAGGUGAGUCAUUUCAAUCAUUUUUCAGUCCAUGAAACUACAAGUUCAAAAUGUAGAAGAAGCCGGUUGCCUUCGAGCAAUGCGCGGGGGCGUCAAUAACCUGCGAUCACGCAUUUUCAGAUUUUGAAGGAGAGAGGGAAAAUGAAGAGAUAGUAGAGUUGCAGAGAGGCAUGAUCGCUGACUUGGGCGUCAAAAAUGUGUAAUAGUUGUGGGAAACGAAAGACAUCAUAUCAGAGAUGUAGACAGACUAUGAUUGCUGGCUAGGGCGUUAAAGAUGUGUUCAUGUAGGCUAAGUGGUCGGCUUUAAUUUCUGGUCAACCUCAAUGUGGAAGUUUUUAUUUUUUCAGUGUAAGGGUAAAGCAAAAGGGGUGUCCUGUUGCUCCCCCGACAUUUAACAUUCCGUUCCCUUUCCUGUUUGACAAAAGUUUGCGGUUACCAUAUCAAACACUUGUAGCCUUACGUUUUUUGGAGCGUCAUUAACAAAAUACCAGCCACAAUAUUAAACGGUGAUUUUACGCUAUAUUUAAACUCUGUUCCUGUUUGAAUUCUUCAAGAGAAGAUAACCAACACUUACAAAACAUCACAAUGAGUAAAAACACAGACUUUGCAACAUAACAUUUCCUAAGCGGACGGCUUUGUAUUCGUCGAGACACUAUUAUUCAGAUUGUUCGUUCAUUUACAAAUAAUUCUGAAAUUGAUGAGGAGGUAUUUUGUUACUGUUAAGCCAUACGCAGUGAAGUGAAACCACUUUCUGUAAAAUAAAAAAGAAUGGAAUUUACGCGCGUUCUAGAAAACAGUUGGUGGGCAUUGAACGGAGGCUCUUCUCUAAAAUGAACGGGACUAAUUUUGUUGAGUCAUCAACGCAAUCGUCAGCAAAGCCAUUGAGUUCAAUAAAAGUUCAGUCAUGCGUAAUCCCGCCGAUUCCUUUAAAUUUGUGCCCAAGGUCAUUUUUUCUCCUCCAAAGGGAAAGAAAACAACCUGUAGUAAGUUUAUGGUUACGUAAGACGUAAGAAAAUAAAACCGCGACGAAACGUCUGAAAAUUGCGAAACGGACCAAACCUUUGAAUCCUGGAAAUUUGGAGACGAAACAUUAAAUGGCAGGGAAAUUUAACGAACUUUUUACGAAAAACAAAAAAACUGGAAGUGUUUGUUUUUUAGACGUGCGACUCUCCGGACCAAAAACUCCGUAAGUUCCAGAAACAAUGUUUGAGCGAGACGUGGUCAUUACAAAUUGCUUUGAGAGCAUUCGUUAGUGUUAUUACGCAACCAAGCAAUUUUCAAGUGCUCGUAAAUUCCAUCACAGGUGAUAAUGCAAAAUGGUUCAUGCAUGACCCAUACAGUAAACAUGACUUUGCAGAUCUUUUACCGCAUUGACCUCAGUUUUCCAUUGUUUGUACCCAGGGGCAACAUACUCAAAUGAUAUCAAACAUUUUUUUUGGCUGCAAAAUAAUUUAUUUGAUACUUAAAAUUACAAGGAGUAGCCUGAGUUUUUUUCCAAAUCUGACUUCUCUCCUUUAUUGUCAUAACAGCUGAGCCAAUUUUUCAUUACGCGCCAGGAGAGUACGGAAAUCGUUACUAUGGGAGGUAAGUACAAGUGAAUUAAAUAUGGAUAGUGCGGCCGGCUGUUGUCAAAUUUGAGUUUACCAAAUGAAUGUAUAAUUAUGUAUAUUUGCCACUGUAUUGACCUAAAAAAAGAUUUUUGCAAACUUCCCUUGAUGUAAAUCAUGUAAAGACAUUUUGCAUCACGUGAUGGCUCACCAGCCGGUGGUUAGGUUUUCUCUUCAAGAGUGUGUACUACACAGGAAGGAACGCCUUCCACCCUCAUUUGUGUCUCCUUAUAUAUUUCAUAAUUUAGUCAACGAUUGGUGGGUGUUCAUGAUUUUGCUUUUUGCAGUCUUAAGAGUUGUUUUAAUAUGCUUAGCAUGAUGGUCCUUGAUCACCAGUGUUUUAUCCGCAGCUUACUUUAGCGCCUGAAACGAGUAGUGGUUUGGCGCUAUUAAUUUUCAGAUUAAUUAUAAAAUUAUAAAAUUAUUUUUAUAAAUUAGUUAGUUGCUCUACUUUCUGUUGGAAUGGCUUAUGUUUUCUUUCGCGUACUUCAAUCCUUUUGCACAAUCUUUGUUGGUAUUACAGUUAUUAUUGAAGUCUAAGGUGGCUGCGAAGGCCGCUUACUUCUGUUGCCAAAUUAGAAAUGAGGUUCCUCUGAUGCUGCAAGAAGAAACAUGAAAAGGUGCAAAAGAAAGAUCCCUCAGCAAAACCAGCUUACGUUUCCCUUACGGAAUGGUCGUUCGUCUAUGCCAUUAACAACAAUAUCAGUCCAUAAAAUAUAGUAAAACGCCGCGAAGAAUUGAAGAACCUAGGAUUUAAGAACCUGCUGGCAGAAAUUUGUCAUUUUAAUACUCCAAAAUAUAAUAACCAGUUUAGCCAAGAAAAAUCAACAGGUUCUUAUAUGUAGGGUUAGACUACAUUUUCAUAAAUAUUUUGACCAAAAGUCUUGCUUUGAUAUGGGAAAUUUAUAUUACAUUAUAUAAUAAAUGUAUAAUGUAUACAACCAUUGUUGAAAAAUGCAUAUAUAUGUUCUACCUGUUAACCUAGUUUUGUUAGAUUUUCGGGAAAUAAAUGCCUAUUAUGAAGGACAAAUACCAUUUAUAGUAAUUUCUUGUAAUCAACAACAAUAUCCUUCAUAAAAAUUAAGAACCUAAUUAAGAACCUAUUUAGCCUAAACUUCCAAUAAGUACUUCAAACUAUAAGAAUCUAUUUUGCCAAACUUCAAAAAAUGUAGGUUCUUCUUCGCGACGUUUUACUGUAAUUUGUUUUACUUUUCUUUCUGUGGCGAUCGUAUAAUGCUCAGAGUGAUUAAUUAUUUCUUUGUUUCAUGUUAGAUACAAUGAUAAUUUGCGAGCCCAGGACGCCAUUAACCUGACCUUAUUUCAUUGGGGACUCCACGGAUGGAUUGUGUAUGUUGUAGUCGGACUCCUCUUGGCUUUUGUGGGUUACAGAAAAGGCCUACCCAUGACCUUACGUUCCUGUUUCUACCCCCUCAUCGGUGACAAGAUCUAUGGAUGGAUAGGUGAUGCUACAGACGUUAUGUCUGUGGUUUGUACCAUGUUCGGCGUCUGCACCAGUCUUGGUCUUGGCGCCAUGCAGCUGAAUACUGGUUUCAAACGCCUGAAUUCAUCAAUUGAGCUCUCGACAACUAACCAGAUUAUUAUUAUUUGGGCAGUGACAGCUUGUGCCACGGCUUCAGUGGUGAGUGGGCUUAAGCUUGGAAUACGACGUCUUAGUGAGAUCUGUUUCGCCCUGGGCAUGUUCAUCAUGAUGGUCGGUAUUUUUGCUGAUGACACCUGGCAUAUAUUGAACGUGUAUGUGCAGAGCAUCGGGUACUACUUCCAGUGGAUUAUACAAAUCGGUUGGCACACAGAUGCCUUCGCACAGCUUGGAAAUGCCCCAGACGGUAAAGAAGCCAAAGGCUGGAUGGCUGACUGGACCAUCUUCUACUGGGGUUGGUGGAUUGCCUGGUGUCCGUUCGUGGGCAUGUUCAUUGCUAAGAUCUCCAAAGGAAGAACCAUUCGACAGUUCAUUAAUGGCACGAUGACUGCACCCAUGUUGUACAGCUUUUUAUGGUUUUGCAUUUUUGGAAGUGCAGGCUUGAAAAUGGAGCGUAAUGCUGCCCUUGCUAACAUCACUUGCGAUUCCAAACUGGGUGGUAAAACUUCUACCGAGUCAUUUAACGGGCUUUACCGUUUGUCCUGCCGAACAAAGGAAGAAAUGUGGUUUGACGUCAUGGAACAAUAUGGCGACCUUGGGACCUUCCUGUCAGUACUCUCGCUGAUUGGCAUAAUACUUUAUUUCGUCACCAGUUCUGAUAGUGGUUCCCUGGUCAUCGACUGUCUUUCAGCUAACGGCGACCAUGAGCCUCCUGUUCUGCAGCGUAUCUUUUGGGCCCUGACAGAAGGCGCAACUGCAACAGCUCUGCUAAAUGCUGGCGGAACGAAGGGUCUUGUAGCACUGCAGACCAUGUCGAUUGCAGCUGGAGUGCCCUAUACCAUAUUACUGUGUAUCAUGUGUGUGGCGUUAUGGCGAGCCUUGAAGAUGGAAGACGGGGAUCUUGAUCCACAUGGUCCACAGUUCACCACCGGCCUCUUAGAUGUCAUAAGCAAGCCAACAGGAGAAAGCUUGAAAAAAGUCCUAGUGGCCGUCUUUGCACCAUGGUACUCAAUGGGAAAUGCUGCCUACAAGAUUGGUGGCAAGCAGACAAGUCGUUGGGUGUACUGGCUGGUCUUGGCCAUUCCAUUCUACACCUGGAUCAUCCUGAUGGCACUGGAACCUGUUGUGAAAGCGAUCUCCUACGUUGGCUGGACAAUACUCUUUGCCUUCUUCGCCUACGGAACAGCUAUCCGAUAUACCAUGCGAGAGAAGUUUAGCAUCCAUGGCAACGCCGCUGAAGAUUUCUUCGCGGUGAUGCUCUUGUACCCGUUUGCAGCCUUCCAGAUGGAACACCACAUGGAUCACCAGUAUGAUUUGAGCAAGCCAGGCUACCAAGGGGAAAAUCUUGAGUACGUGGGGAAUGGCAAAGGUGAUCUAUCAGCUAACGGAUAUGGAGCGCCACCUAUGCCCCUUGACGAUUUGAGCAAGAGAGAGGUCCAUUAUAACCCAGCUGCGUAUGAUGCCAAAGUUUGAAGUAUAAUAUUUCAUGAACUGCGUAUUUUCCUUGUAACUGUGGAAGUGAAGCUCCGUAUUUAUCGGCAGGUUUUAGAGAACUUUUAUGUUGUAUUUGUUCAAUGUAAAAAUGCUUCGCUAUUAGCAAAUGUAAAGGAAUUUCUGGGUUCUGGCAAGCUCUUUUUGCCUCCUUGGCCAGUUAUUCAGUCGUCCUUUAAUCAGUUAACUUGUUUCCGCAUCACAAUUCCUAAGCUAUGAUUAGGGAGAUUAUGCUACGAAGGCAGGAGCGGCAAAGUCCAGACCACAAUCGUUUUACAGUCGAACCUCUGUAUAUAACGAAGUCCUCCACGAUUUUCUUUACCCCCAGUAAAAGUAACACAUAUGGAAAAGGACCUCGAUGUAACGAAACUUCCUUACAGCGAACAAUUUUUACCAGUCGUUAUGUGGAGGUUCCACUGUAAUAAGAAAAAAAACAUAGACAAGUGCAUCACACUUUUACAAAAUCUCUUUUCCGUCAAUGCGCAACCAUGACGUGAAUCUUCCUGAUUUUAUAGGGGACGUAAACUUACGUUGUACGUAGGAGACUAUCUUAAUUGUUAAUCCUUUCACUGCCAAAUUUAGCCAAAAGCAAAUUUCAACCAAAUUUCCCAAUUUCAUUUUGUGAAAUUUUGAAAAAUAAAUAGCACCAUGCGUAAGUACAGGCAGAGAGGUUUCAUUUGAAUGGUCACAUCAUAGGAUUUCGUCAGCAGACUCAAAUGUUAGAGUCACCUUACAAAACUCCAUCAAGUACUCCGGCAGUGAAAGGGUUAAAAAGAUGUUGAAUGCGUUCCCUGAUGGACAAAUUCAACUCUAGGAGAAUCAGCUUACAUUUAAUUAUUAAGCAAGGAAAGUCAUUGCCGCGAAAACGAUCAAUUAGUGAAGUUUUUGUUCGCCGCUGUCGUCGUACUGAUUACGUAAACUCCCUCUUUUGAUUCAAGAAGUUAAUGGUCUCUUAUUUGAGAACUGAAGAAAGCAAAGAGAAUUUUUUUGUGAUCUCUAGGCAAAAACAAGGGCUACAAGAGAACAUAUACAUACAAAUGUAUAGUGUAACAUUUUAGGAAGAUGCAACAAAUACCACUUGGUAUGAAAUGAGUUAAUUGAUAGUAUUAGAUUUUAAUGCGCGCAUAGUCGUUUGCUUCAAUUUUUAUGGUAGAAAUGUAUGUAAAUUUGGUCAUUACGGCUCUCUAAUAGUAAUUAGAGAGCCGAGACCUAUUAGCUGAUUUUGUCAUUGUACAGUCCAAUUGUUUUGGUUUUGGUACUCCCUACAAACGAAUAGAAGUGUUUUUGGUAAGGAAAAGUAGUGUAGCAGCUCUAUGAUUUAAACAUGUAGCAGCUCAUUUUUAGUUUGUGGACUAGCGGUAUUGUUUCGGUGUUUUUUUCUCUAUUGCUCUUUGCAAACUUAGUAGUCCAAUCAAGUGAGACCUCCCGAGGUUUGCUACCGCAUCACACUCUAAGGGUUGAUUUCCAAUGUCGCGUAAUUUUUACGUGCGUACGCACGUGACAUUUACGCGCGUAAAUGAAAUAGGGACGAUGUAUGAAAGGCGGCGCGUAAACGUAAAGUUGAGCGCGCUAGGUUCAACUUUGACGUUCACGCGCGACCUCACGGCAUGCAUUGUCUCUAUUUUAGUUACGCGCGUAAAAAUUACCCUACAUUGGAAAUCCGCCUUAAAGAAUGGCUCUUAUCAGCUCACUUCUAAUUCCUUUAAUUUUGAUACUGCUUUGGAAACUGAAAUUCUUUUUACAACGCAAGACCGUAUUCCCAAUGUUUGGGAAAUUUUUGUAACUUACUUUUCUUAGUUUACGUUCAUGACAAGCCUUAACAACCGAAACUAUCCUGGGAAGUUACGUUUCUUUGUUUUGUUUGACAAGCCUUAACAACCGAAACUACCCAGUUUGCCUGCAAAUAUUUCUAUUAUCCCUUUUGCAUUGAGUUUGCAUGUUUUUAACCCUGGAAGGUUAAUGAUUUAAAUCUAAGUUUAAAAUUCACUCUUGUAGUAAUGAUUUUUUAAUGAGCAGUAAAGAACAUUCGAGCAUAAUGUUGUGUUUUAGGGUACUUCUUUUUCAGAUAUCAAAUUAUUAAGGCUAUAAUGCAUGAAUACUGCGUCAUCAAUCAUUUGAGGGUAACAAUCUUAAAGCUUUUGAUUCUCGUCUGUAUAACAAGUGUUUUGUGAGAACUGACGAUAGAGCCCCACCUUUCAUUCGAAGAAGACCACUCCAUUACUUCAAUUUAAGAUUAUCACCUUUAAUUAUCACCUUAAUAUCCAUAUUUUGCCUUUUGUCCAUUUGCCAUUUACAUAUCUCUCAAAAUACACCU